AGUUAAUUCAUAUUUAUUGUGAAAAGCACGUGGAUGGAGAUUCUCUGCUUUCCUUUGUAGUAUAGUGCUUUUCUCAGGCAUCACACAACAUAACAUAGAGAAAAUUAAAUAAAUAUAUGUAUAUAAAAAAAAAGGAGGGAAUGUGUUUCUUGGUUUUGAAGAUUUCUAACGUUGUUUUAUUAUUAUGGCAUACCUUAUGUUAUAUUUGUGCUUUGUUUGUGAUAACAAGGACACUCAAUCUCUUGCUUCGUUUUGAGGACCAGCCAAAUAGAGAAGCAAAUCAAAUCAAAGCAAUCAUCAUAAAUUAAAGGCUUAAUACAUGUUGUAUUCAUUCCUGAAUCUACUCAACAAAUUGCCAUGUUUUGAUGUCUUCAUGUCACGCACAGUCUUAAUUUGUUGGAUUCGAGUUCUGUUUUGUGCAUGAAAUGGAAUCGAUAUCUCCUAAUAAUAUAUUGGUACAAUGCCGAAUAUGUCACAAUGAAGAUGAAGAGUCACACAUGGAAACACCAUGUUCAUGUUCUGGCACCCUCAAGUAUGUACAUAGAAAUUGUGUUCAAAGAUGGUGCAAUGAGAAAGGCGAUACUACCUGUGAGAUUUGCCUACAGCAAUUUACACCCGGGUACACUGUACCCCCACCACUUAUCCAUUAUGGUGGAUCUCCAAUAAAUUUCGGAUGGAACUAUUGGGAGACUUCAAGAAGAGUUCACAAUAACAACAAUCAAUUUGUAUCAAUGUUUGGUGCUGAUCAUCAUGAUCUAGAACCUGACAUUGAAUAUUCAACACCCUCUACAAGGUCCAUGAUAUGGUGCCGCAUAAUUGCCACUAUUUUUCUUGGUCUUAUUGUUUUAAGGCAUACACUUCAAGUUAUACUGAUACUCAGUGAAACAGAAGAGUAUUCAUUAACAGUGUUUAUGCUAUUACUGUUGGGAAUCCUUGGGAUAUUGAUUUCAAUACAUACGAUGAUCAAAGCUAACUACUAUGGCCCAAGGACUUCAACACCAGAUUCAUCAUUCCCCUAUUUCAUCACGUGAAGAGUAUAAAGUAUAAACCAUAUUGGUGAUUCCAUGCUAUAUGUGGUCAAUUUCGGAUGAAGAAAUUGCUUUGAUGUUGAAAAAAAUUGAUGAAAAUCAUAGUGGAGAUCAGGACACUAUGACCAUGUUGUAUAAAGGGCAAAUCAUGAAUGCCUAAAUUAUAGAGAAAAUUAACGUUGUAUGCUUAACUUGUAUGCAAAAAAAAAACCAAAUUAACGUUGUAUGCUUAACUUGUACACAUGGAAAAGAUCAUAAGCAUUAUUGAUGAUUGAAAUUACCAACAAAAUUCAUAUAAUCUAAGGGGCACAUGUAAUCAGAAACAUUUCUUAUAGUGAAUAUAUAACUAAAACCAUAGUACUUAGAACACAACAUCAAGCAUAAUCCAGACACAUACAUGAACUCUAGCAACACUUCAACCACACAAGGGGCCAAAACAAGACCCUUUAUUCAAAAUAAAA